AUGUCGCAGAGCUACGACGACCAGAUCCACCCAGCACACUACACGAACCUCACCUACCCACCCCCUCUCAGUGGCUCGUAUGAAGCACUUGACCUUGACAAGUCUUGGCUUACCGCUGCCGAGAGAUAUGGUCCCUACGGUCUGGGAGAAGAGGAGGAUGGUUAUAACAGGAGUCGGGUCGAUUGGUCCACCAUAAAUUGGGCAGAUCUGCAGAACAAUUGCUCCAUGUCCAAUCGCCAACGACUUCCCAAUGCCUACGCUUACGACCGCGGUCGUCCGAGGUUCACAUACCGUCAAACAUCAUGGAAAGAGAAGUGGCUGCCUUCCUUCCUCACAACUCCCAACAUCAACCCAAGGCCCGCAACAGAAACAUUCCACCGCUCAGCCAUUGUCGUCCGUAUAUGGUCUACAUACCAGUAUAUGCCUGAGGAUAUGUGGUACCUCAGAUCGCUUAUCGCAGAAACCGCCCUGGCAAACGGUGGGGAAUAUGCUGUUUUCCUUCUGGUCGACGUCAAAGACAAAGAGGCAGGCAUUCACACAAACCCAGAAGCAUAUGACCGUGUCCUGCGCGAAUCAGUUCCGCCCGAGUUCCAGGAUAUUGCUGUGCUUUUUGAUGACUCCCUACUGGAAAGUUGGUAUCCUGAUGUCGUCGAGCAUUUGCCCAUCAUGCAAAUCAUGCAGCCUUUGCAGAUAUUUGCUCAGUUCUAUCCCGAAUUUGAUCACUACUGGCAAUUGGAAAUGGACACGCGCUUCUUAGGACACACCGGCGAUAUGCUCAACAAGUUUUCUGAUUUUGCUAGGAAUGAGCCGCGCAAGCAAGCUAGAGAAAGAGCAUCCUGGGCAUACAUGGCCGACUACCAUGGCUCAUACGACGACUUCUUCAACACCAUUGACCGUGUCCUUGAUGGCAAUUCUUCAGUAUGGGGCAAUAUUGACAUCCACGACUUCAAACCUAUUGGUCCGCGACCUCCUGUCGAAGAUCCUCACGAUGAGCACUUCUCUUGGGGUGUGGGCGAGGAGGCUGAUCUAAUUCUCCUCAACACCUUGGACGAUGUCUCACGCAAUGAGGACUGGCUUUUCAAAGGUUGGCACCACGGCUUCUCCAUGGGCACGAAACUGCCCAUAUUCGUCUCAGUUGUCGCUCAGGGCCGUGCAAGCUGGAAUCUGUUGAACGCAGUUCAUCAUGCUCAAGCACAUGCGGGCAUGCGUAUUCCGUCGGAAGCCACACUACCCAGUUUCGCUCUUUGGCAUGGCCUCAAGAUUAGUGCUCCCCCAUUUCCCAUGUAUCAGUGGCCAGGUCGCGAUCGCCAUGAGAUGGAGUUUGCUCUCAAUGGCGGCGGCUUGGAUGCAUUCCCUGAUGCCAUCGCCAAUGGUCCUGCACGCUACCGUGGUAGUGCGGUCGGAUUUUUCACUAACGGCAUGACCUGGUCGUGGUGGACGACCUUACCCGAAGAUUUGGCCAACCCUUGGUACAUCAACGAAGUCGACAACCCUAUACUACCCGAUAUGCUACUGAACGAGGGCGGUCAUCUGUAUGCUCCAAACAUCAUGAUACACCCUAGAAAGACGAACGGCGAGAAGGCGAAGCAUCCUGAAUAA